CUUAAAAUGGAUCCAAGAAUGCUAGUUAAUUCAAACAUUGAUGCUCCAGCUCCGAAUUAUCCAAAUAGAAGCUUUUACCUUGAGAAAUUAAUUGGAUAUGGAGCUGAGGGUUAUGUCUAUUUAGCAAAAGUUACGAAGUGGAACAACAGGGUAAACGAUAGAGUUGCUUUAAAAUUGCAACCAAAAAUUAAAUAAGAUGAAAUAAAUUUCAUGUUUUCCCUUAUUUAAAUAUAAACCAAAUGCGAACAAACAAGCAACCCAAAAUUAUUGUCCUUAUUAGAGCAGGCAUCUAGUAAUAUUAUAAGAGUUUAUGAAAUAAUUAAAUGGAAUAAUUACAAUUUUGUUCUGAUGGAGGCUGGAGCUCAAAACUUGAAUAGUUUUAUAUAAUCUGAAAAGAACCUAUAAAUUUAGAGUAAAUUAGAAAUUAUGAAAUAAGUAUUGCCAUUUUAUAUAAAUUAGAUCGCAUAAUCUAUUCUAUUUUUACAUAAGAACGGAAUAAUUCAUAGAGACAUCAAACCAGAAAACUUUAUACUCGUUGGUUAACAAUUCAAAUUAAUUGAUUUCGGAUUGGUUCGCCAAAACAGUCAACUAAUAAAAACUGCUCAUGUUGGAACUCCUCUUUUCGCAAGUCCAGAAAUCUUUGAAGAAUCCAUUCACUACACAGAAUCAGUUGAUAUCUGGUCGUUGGCUUGUGUAUUUUAUGAGCUUAUUCAAUCUUCACCUCUUAUCCCAGGUACUCAAUUGCAAAAUAAAUUUAGGAAAUACUAUUUAAGAUGUUAAGAAAAUAGUACUAAAUCAUAAGUAUCAACCAGAAGCAAUUUACAACAAGAUUGAAUCCACAUAAAUAUCUAGUUCAUUGAAAAGUUUACUAAAGCGAAUGAUCAACCCUUCUCCUGAAAAAAGAUGUUCAAUAGAGGAAGUAUUGGACCAACUCUAAAAUAUCAUGAUAACAGAUUAUUAAUUAGGAUAAUGUCGUGAUAAUCCAAGAUUAAAUGAAGGAAAUAAUCCUUAAUAAUAAUAAUUUAUCAAUUAGUCUCCUUUUAAAUAGAAUAAAACAGAUUAAAACUUUUAUGUUUUUCAAAAUUAAACCAAUUAACAAUAGGCUUCGAUCUAAAAGAAUGGAACUUUUCCAAUCAAUAAUUAGUAAAUUGAAAUGUAAAAUUUCUUAAAAGGUGGAAUUACUUAAAUCUAAUAAAUUUUGGGAAAUCAGAUCUAACAAGCGCAGGAUUAAAAUAGGGAAUUAAUAGAAUAAACUAUAAAUUUGGCUUAAUAAAAUAAAACUUUACUAGAACUUACAGAGAAGAAUUAAAUAUAGAUAGAAUAUUUGUAGAAGAAAUUAAUUGAAAAAGAAAAGGAUGAUCAGAAGGAAAAAACACCUAAUAUUUCAAACAGAAGCUAAUGCAAUUGUGAUGCAGAGAAUAAAAAAUUAUUGAGAGAACUUUAAAAAUAAAUUGAAAAAGAAAAUUAAUCAAAUCUUGAAUAAAUUAGUAGUAUGAAUAAAGCUUUAACUUAUUUUUAAUAAUCAAUAAUUUAGAUUUCAGCACAUCUUGAACAAAUUAAAAUAUAACAUAAAGAAGAACCUGCUAAUUCUAAAAAUAGUCAGUAAUAAUCCACAAGUGCUUUAAAUCAUAUUAUAAGUUUGAUUUAAAGCUCGGAAAAGAACACUUAAUAAUCUAUUUCAUAAUUAAAAUCAAAUAUUUAGUCAUAGUAUUAACAAAUUUUAAAUAAGUAUAUAGAGAAAAAUGAAUUUGAUGAAUUUAAUGCUACCUAAAAAAAUUCCAAAGAUAAUGAUUAGAAAAUGAUUGAGUAAAUUUAUAAGCUUAACUAACAAUUAAAUAAAAAUUUAUUAGCUGAAAUCAUGAGUAAAUUUGAGAACUACUUGUAAGAAUCUGCAGGAAUUAUACAAAAUCUUAAAUAUGAAAUUCUCAAGAAUACUAAACCAAUUGCCGAAAAAAUAGAAUCAUUUACUGGUUAAUCGCAUUAGCAAAAUACACAAACAUACUAGCAACAGAUGACAGCAUAAAGAAAUGCACACCAUUCAUAGCCAAACCAAACACCGUAAGAAUAUAAAUAAAAUCAAACUAUAAAAUAGUCAAAUUAAUAGGAAGGACUAAAUUAAAGUAUUUAUAUUAAAAAUAAUUAACAAUAGGGUCGAAUAAAUAGGAAAGGCCUAGAUAUUAAUAAUGA